CACUGGAGAAGACUGAUUGGAAGAUAAGAUAAGCUUAGCACACUGUCAUCUGUCCUGUCAGCGCUCACAACACUCGCAACUUAUUCACUCGUGCUUAUAUCUCCUCAUCCAGUGACGAGCCUGCCCGUCCUCCUACGAUUUCCCAAGAAAACGGUCAAUGUAAAGUGCCCUCUCCUAACCUACCAGAGGACCAAAAACAGAAAACAGGACAGUACGUCACUUUCGCGAGCCACUUCCAUGUUCUAGUACGACGAUUAGUACGUACGGCCAAGUACGGCGUACAAGUACGGCCUUGUGUAACGCAUACGAGGGAAAAGCGACGUUGUUUGUAAGAGGACAGGUUGACCCGCUACUUGACAAAUCUCAAGGUAAUAAUAAUGAUGUAAUCCCCACUUCUGAUAGCGUAAUGUCCCGUUGUUAUGGUGUAAUACCUACCCGCCAAACACACACCGAAACUACGACGUUGGUACAACGUUCGAACAAGUUUUAACACCUCCUAACCAGUUAUAACAACCAAUAUAGCAAGUUGUAACAACGUUCAAAUACGUCAUAAACACGUUAAGCCAAGAUGUAACAACUUUAUUAUAAGUUGUAACAAGCGGAAAAUAGAGACAGUUUCGGUUUGUGUUUCCAGGGUACUUCCAAUAAGGUAAUGAUCCCUUUUGAUGUGGUAAUACCCCCCCCCCCCCCUUGUGAUAGAGUAGUUCCCCCUUGAGAAGGUGUAAUGCCUCCUGGUGAUGCAAGAAGGAUCUUGAGAUUGCUUGAAGGAGGGAACACCAGCGACGCCCACAGCUGAGCGAGGAGGGCGGGAAGCACCAGCAGCGCCCACAGCUGAGCGAGGAGGGCGGGAAGCACCAGCAGCGCCCACAGCUGAGCGAGGAGGGCGGGAAGCACCAGCAGCGCCCACAGCUGAGCGAGGAGGGCGGGAAGCACCAGCAGCGCCCACAGCUGAGCGAGGAGGGCGGGAAGCACCAGCAGCGCCCACAGCUGAGCGAGGAGGGCGGGAAGCACCAGCGGCGCCCACAGCUGAGCGAGGAGGGCGGGAAGCACCAGCAGCGCCCACAGCUGAGCCAGGAGGGCGGGAAGCACCAGCGACGCCCACAGCUGAGCGAGGAGGGCGGGAAGCACCAGCAGCGCCCACAGCUGAGCGAGGAGGGCGGGAAGCACCAGCAGCGCCCACAGCUGAGCGAGGAGGGCGGGAAGCACCAGCAGCGCCCACAGCUGAGCGAGGAGGGCGGGAAGCACCAGCAGCGCCCACAGCUGAGCGAGGAGGGCGGGAAGCACCAGGUCAAGGGAGAGUGAGAGUGCAAGACAGCAACAUGGAGGGGUCACGACGCUGUCACCUUCUGCGACAACUUCCAAGAAAAUUUCGACGCAUCUUGUUGCUCCUGCUCUUCCUUGCUGCAUACAUCAGCGUCCCCAUCAGCUUCCAGGGAGAGAAGUCAGUGUCACUGGAGGCUGGAGAGAGACUCCUCACGGCUGUGUACCAAACCUCUCGCCUCGAGACCAUCAUGCCGCCCUCAAGAUUGUCCAUCUCCGCUUUACAUUUAAGCGAGUUGUACUUGGAUCCAGCGAUGGACAUGACUGGGAAAGAAGAGAUGGAGGAGGUCCUGGACACACUGCCUAACCUGCCCUUCAGCUACCGUGAAAGGAAUGACCCUCACUUUGGAUCAGGCAACACUAAUUGUAGUAAAUACCCUGAACUAUUUGAUAUUCACUUUAACAGUAUUUACUGGCAGGUCCUUCAGACCAGCAAUGGCAGUUUUUACAUGUACAGCGCCUUUUACGACAACCGCACUCUGAGUAAACACUCACCUUCUCUUAGAAUUCUUGCCAUGAUUAAUCGCAUUGAACCAUCCGUGAAGACCAAAUGCAAGAUCUGGUUUAAUGACAAAAGCUCCCCAGUCAUUGUAAAUGUUUCAGAGUACAGAUAUAUAUGGUACAAGGAAUGGGGUAAUUACAAACAGGGUAUAUUACAGCCAUACCUGCUUGAGUGUAUUGUACCAGCUGAACACAGACAGCUGGUGCCUCAGUCAGUGUCGCUGGUGGAGCAGCCCUGCGACAAGCCAACCAACAACCUUCGGGUCAUUAACAACCAACCGCAAAAUGGGCAGAAAAAGAAUUUUGCUGUGUGCGUCAAAGGGCUAGACUUUUACAUAGAUAAAACCGUGCGUAUUGUGGAGUGGUUAGAACUGCUCUUCCUUCUCGGUGCUGACAAAGUGUUCCUCUACAACAUGGGACUACAACCUAGUAUUAACAAAGUUCUUAAAUACUAUGAACGUUUAGGACUGGUAGAUAUUAAGAAACUUUCAUUGCCCGGUGAACAACCAAAUGAGCGCAACUUGCUACAUAAGUACCUGAAAAAUAAGGCAUCACACAAACGCCAGAACGAAAUAAUACCAUAUAAUGACUGUUUUUACAGAAACAUGAACCAUUACAAGUAUAUAGUUUUAUUAGACACAGAUGAAGUCAUCGUGCCCAAGACAGCAAGAGACUGGAGGUCGCUUCUUGAUCAAGUGGUCGCAGAAGUGAAGGAGGCACGAAACCGCACUCUGGUAUCUUACUGCGCUCGCAAUGCAUACUUUCUGGAUUCCAUGCAGGAAGCUCAUGGCUAUUUCUAUAAUAUACCGCCCUACAUGCACCUGAUGCAACAUGUCUAUCGCGCCGCCAACUACACCAAGCCCGGCUACUUCGUCAAGUGUUUCCAUGAUCCUCAGCGCGUCCUCACUCUCCACAACCACUUGCCUGUGUCCUGUCUGACCCACUGCAAUAUCCUGGAUAUGCCCACUGACUAUGCCCAGCUCCAGCACUAUCGCAAGGACUGCGACAGCAGCUUAAAGAAGUCGUGUGUGUAUUUCAAGAAUCAUACGGUUCUCGACCGAACACUCUGGAGAUACAAGGAACCUUUGAUCAGAAACACACUUUACGCUUUGCGUCAACUCAUUUUCUGGAAGUAGUGACUAUCAAAGAGGAGUAAUUUAUUGUUAAUACCUCCCCAUCCCCCCCCCCCCCCCACACACACACCGUUUAUUGCAUAUGGGAGGUGGCCUGUUUCAUUACACAUGGGUGACUGCACUCACAUUCCGCUCUCCUCCGGUACAGUUCCUCACGGCACUCCACUGAAGUUGUCGCCAUCGGGAAGCGUGAUGGGACCUCCGGCUCUUCUAGGUACUAGAGUGCCGCCACUAUUAAGCAUGAUUCCGCCAGGUUCGUCCUUUGGUGGGUCCAUUCCACGCUCCGCCUCUCCCGCCCUCCCGAGAGAGGGAGGUUCGAAAUCGUGCAGGUGUGUGUAUCUCCUUACUUAGACUGACCUCUGACCAUCCUAGUGCCAGUUAAAGCUUUCAGGCAUAAUCCCCAGGACGUGGCCUCGCUCUACUGGCCGAUCUACCAAGAAAGGAACCAUUUGUCGGACCUGCCAUUCCUCCCGUACUGAGCAGGACUAAAGUCGCAACGACACAGUUCAGCAAUAGGAUAAAAUAAGUCUCGCUAUGGUCUAAUUCCAGUUCACGUUCUCUAGUGAUGGGCGAGCUAUCCAACGCUUGGUGAAUUAUGUUUCACAAUGAUAGGAAGAGCAGAUACCGAAGGAUCAGAAAGCGACGCCGCUACGUAGGAAAGCUUGGCCGCCUGUUGGAAACCUAUUCCUGGCGUCUGCUGCUCGCCUCGCACAGUCAGUCCUCGCCACUGGCAGACAACAUUGCUCCCUCACAUAGAUAUUGGGAAAUACCUUAUUUCCUGUUGUGAUACGCCUUAUCAAACAGCACAGGAAGACUCUAAGGUAACCAGAGAUGCAGCAAGAAGGCGCUUGCUGGGGCUGAACACGAAGGCAGUGAACCAUUGAAGCCACUGGCCACUUGCACCUGCAUUGGACGAGAAACGUUGGAGCACAACUGCUGGACCAUUAGCCAGAGUGCAUGGGGGACAAUGCUUAAAACCCUGAUUGGGCUUCAGUUGUAAGCCUCAGGAAUCCUAGAGGUUCAGUGGUAUCCCAGGUGGCUUUGUUUUUGGAUCAUGUCGCGAUGUGGUGGUCUGGGGUGCUAGCUUGGGAGUUGCAAGUGAGUGGCUUCGAAUUCUCCUCAUGGCUCCGACUGAUUUUUUCAAGAGAUACAGUGUUGUGUGCGUGUGAAAGAUGCGUGUGACGGGAUAGUGUUCGUGUCGGUAAAGGUUUUUGAGCCAAGUUGGCGAGUGGUGCUGUAAGCGGGUACAGGUGUCUCCGUCAGGCCCCGCGGCACUCUGACCCGCGGCACUCUGUCCCGCGGCACUAUGCCCUCUGGUGCGAGUCGGUAAAACAAAUGGAGCAAUAAUUCAUAUGAGGCAGCCAUCAUAACGCUGCCUCAUAACAAGAACGUGCAUAAACACACAUACAUGUAUAAACAUCAAUGGAUCCCGGUAGGGUUCCUUCUCGACUCACAAUCGAGCAUUCAGAGUUCGAAUGCCGGGCGGGACAGAAAUGGUUGGGCGCAUUUUCAAUCACCUAUUGCCCCUGUCCACCUAGCAGUAAAUAGAUACCCAGGAGUUAGACAAUUGAACUGCAUUAUGGAGAUGUGUGACUAUGAGCGCAAUAUAUAGAUAAUGUGAUAAAUAAAUUCGGCCUGAAAUCAGUACAUUAUUAAGCCAAUGGUAGGAAAAGGCGGGGUCCAGGAGCCAAUAGCUUGAUCCUGCAGGCACAAAUAGGUGAAUACACACACAUACAUUAAAACACAUAUACAGAGGUUUCAAAUGAAUGGCAACAUAUCCGAACCAGUUACCCAGUCUGGGAAUCCAACUCAGCACCAAUUAAGUGAGCCGACUUGGUCCGGGUUGAAUCCCAAACCAAGUGACCAAGCAGCCCGUCCUCCAAACAAAGACCCAAAAGUGAUUCUCCAGCCUCUCCA